AACAGGUCAAACGACAUGAAAUGCAGCUACUUUGCUGUUAUUCUGUCUGCACGGUUUGACGUAACAAGGGAUAAAAGCGUUUGGAUCUGUAUGAUACGGACCUGUCUGUUUGUCUUGUGUUUCUGCAGGGCGGGAAUCCAUGAGGUGGAGACGGAUGUGGUGGAGAUCGAAGCUAAACUAGAUAAGUUGGUGAAGUUAUGUAGCGGUAUGAUCGAGGCGGGCAGGGCGUACGUAAGCGCCAACAAGCUGUUUGUCAACGGCAUCAAAGACCUGUCUCAGCAGUGCAAGAAGGAAGAAAUGAUCUCUGAGUGUCUGGAGAAGUGUGGGGAGAGCCUGCAGGAGAUCGUCAACUACAACAUGAUCCUAUUUGACCAGGCCCAGAGGUCAAUCAAACAGCAGCUCCACACCUUCAUCAAAGAGGACGUCCGUAGGUUCAAGGAGACGAAGAAGCAUUUUGACCGUGUGAGGGAGGACAUGGAGAUCGCCCAGGUGAAGAACGCCCAGGCCCCCAGGAACAAACCUCACGAGGUGGAGGAGGCCACUUCCUCUCUCACCCUGACCAGGAAGUGCUUCAGGCACCUGGCCCUGGACUACGUUCUGCAGAUCAAUGUUCUUCAGGCUAAGAAGAAGUUUGAGAUCCUUGAUGCAAUGCUGUCGUUCAUGCGAGCCCAGUACACCUUGUUUCAACAGGGCUAUAAAAUAUUGGAUGAGAUUGAUCCCUACAUGAAGAAACUAGCUGCAGAGCUGGAUCAGCUGGUCAUAGACUCAGCCAUGGAGAAGAGAGACCUGGAACACCAACACGCCACCAUACAGCAGAGGACUCUGAUGGAGGACUUCUCCUAUGAUGAUAGCAAGGUGGAGUUCAACGUGGACGCUCCUAACGGAGUGGUGAUGGAAGGUUACCUGUUCAAGAGGGCCUCCAACGCCUUCAAGACCUGGAACAGACGGUGGUUCUCCAUACAGAACAGCCAGCUGGUCUACCAGAAGCGACUUAAGGAUGCCCUGACGGUGGUGGUGGAGGACCUGAGGCUGUGUUCAGUCAAACCUUGCGAGGAUGGAGAGAGGAGGUUCUGCUUCGAGGUGGUGUCCCCCACUAAGAGCUGUAUGCUCCAGGCAGAGUCAGAGAAGUUACGGCAGGCCUGGAUCCAGGCUGUACAGGCCUCCAUCGCCUCUGCAUACAGAGAGAUAUCAGACAACUACUACAUCGAGCGUCUGGACCGGACAGCCUCCCCCUCUACCAGCAGUAUAGACUCAGCUAGCGAGCCCCGAGGGGGGAGAGGGGGUGAGGGCAGGGGGGAGAGCAUCCUCCAUCGGGUGCAGACCCUACCUGGUAAUGAGCUGUGUUGUGACUGCUCCCAGGCUGCACCAUGCUGGGCCUCCAUCAACCUGGGAGUCCUGCUCUGCAUCGAGUGCUCUGGCAUACACAGGAGUCUGGGAGUUCACUGCUCCAAGGUGCGUUCACUAACACUGGACUCCUGGGAACCAGAGCUACUCAAGUUGAUGUGUGAGCUGGGUAACAAUGUGAUUAACCACAUCUAUGAGGGAGCCUGUGAGGAACUGGGAGUGAAGAAACCUGGACCUUCCAGUCCUAGACAAGAGAAGGAGGCGUGGAUUAAGGCUAAAUAUGUGGAGAGGCGUUUCCUGAAGAAGAUGAGCGUCAGUGACUCAUUAGUGGAAGGCGAGAGGAAGUCCCGCCCCUGGAGCGUGAAGAAGUGCCAUCGCCACAACAGCUCCAGGCGAGGAGCGCCCAAAACCCGCCGGAAAUACCGACACGACCCUGGUUUGAUUUCACCGGGAAACCUCUCCGCAGCGGCAGCAAAGCUCCGUCGUGACUCUCUGUUUUGUCCUGAUGAGAUGGACAACCUCUUCUCCUACUUCGACACCGGCAACGGCACCCGCAGCCCUGCAGGUCUGAGCAGCGACAGUGGGCUGGGAGGCAGUACGGACGGGAGCACAGACAUCCUGGUGUUUGGCUCAGUGGUGGACAGUGUCACCGAGGAGGUAGAGUGUGAGGGUGAGUCAGAAGAGGAGGAGUCUAGUGGCGAGGUGGAGAUAGAGCAGGAGGCGGGAUCAGACCCUGAGGAGCCCCUCACCCCGGGGUCGUUGCUCUACCGGUCGUCACGGCUACACAACCUGCCACUCAUGGCCGAGGCGCUGGCGCACGGGGCAGACGUCCACUCUGCCAGCGAUGAGGAGGGAAAGACCCCGCUCAUACAGGCCGUGGCAGGGGGCUCUCUAAUAGCGUGUGAGUUCCUGCUGCAGAAUGGGGCUGAUGUGAACCAGAGGGACAUGAAGGGGAGAGGACCCCUACACCACGCUACCUACCUGGGACAUACAGGUCAGGUGUGUCUGUUCCUGAAGAGAGGGGCUUGUCAGACGGAGGUGGAUGAGGAAGGUCACGACCCUCUGAGCAUGGCUGUCCAGGCCGCUAACGCCGAUAUUGUUACACUGUUGCGGUUAGCACGGAUGAACGAGGAGAUGCGCGAGGCGGAGGGUCCGUUUGGUCAGCCAGGUCAAUACCCCAGCAGCUCCCCAACUGAACAUCAGUACAGGAAAUGUAUUCAGGAGUUCAUCUGCCUCACCAUAGACUACUGCUAGGGGGCGCCACUGAGGCAGGAUACAUCCCAGAGGCCUAUUGGUACCCUAUUCCCUAUGUAGUGCACUACUUUUACAUAGGGAAUAGGGUGCAAUUUGGAAUACAGCUUAGCCACUACUAACUGGGCAUGGAGAGGCAUAUCAUACAGGGCAGAGUAGUAGGAUGAAGUUGCCCUUAGAUAAACUGGUCUGGAGUCAGUGUUGCAUUGUUACCGUAAGUGGUUAGGGUUAUGAUUUGUAGAGGGUAAAGCUGAUUCUAGAUCUGUGUCUAAGAGCAACAUCUACUGGGAGUGUGUGUGUGUGUGUGAAGAGAAAAUGAGCGAGGUGAGAGAAACAAGGGCCUACUGACCGUAGCGCAGAACAACGUCAUUUUAUCUGUCCAACAACGUGCUUCUCUUCUUGCCAACCUGGUGUCUACAUCCAGGUCUUUUAACCACAUCGCUCUCUGCUUUCCACACCAUUCAUAUUAUAAACUGAGUGAAACACAGUGUAUCUGGCUGCUCCUAAUAGUCUUGUCUGUGGUUCUCACUGUCAGGCCGUUUACUCGCUAUACUGCUCAACACUCCUGCCUCUUGUACACUCUUAGAGGGGGAACAAAAAGGUGCUAUUUAGAACCAUUAAUGUCUCUUUGGCGGUCCCCAUAGGAAAUCCCUUUCAAGAACCCUUUUUGGUUCCAGGUAGAACCCUUUUGAGUUCCGUAUAGAACCCUUUCCACAGAGGUUUCUACAUGGAACCCAAAAUAGUUCUACCUGGAACCAAAAAAGGUUCUCCUGUGGACAUAGCCAAAGAACCCUUUUUUUCUUAGUGUAGGCCUUCCUGUCCAUGUAUUACCUUUCCUCUUCCUCCCUCUCUUACCAGUAAGGACCUAAGCUUCCACAGAGUCUUUACAAUAUUAUUCUACAGUGUCCUAUUCAGCAUUUUUACAGUAGUUUAGAUCAUUAUAUUAUAGUGUUCUAUUCAGCAUUUUUACAGUAGUUUAGAUCAUUAUAUUAUAGUUCUAUUCAGCAUUUUACAGUAGUUUAGAUCAUUAUAUUAUAGUGUUCUAUUCAGCAUUUUUACAGUAGUUUAGAUCAUUAUAUUAUAGUUCUAUUCAGCAUUUUUACAGUAGUUUAUAUUCCAGAAUUUGAUAGUACCAUAAGAAUUUAUCAGCGGCCCAUUGUGUUAUAAUUCAUUAGAAUCUGUCGAUUUAAAAAUAAUGGCAUGAUUACAGUAUGUCCAUAACUCCGUAUUCCUUAAAGGGUUAAAUCUGGUCUGAAACGGAAGCCUUUUGUCCUUAUAUCUUCUGUGGGAGAUGUAGGUUAGAUGUAAUUCAGUGGCUAGAUGUGCAGGGCAGUACUUGUUCCAGCUGUUGUUUCUACGGUGGCACGAGGUUACAGUGAUAUGGAAGUGGGUGUUGUGUGGCUGCUAUAGGCAUGGUCAAGGAAGGUCCACUGCGUUAGUCUGUGAAGGUGGGGGUCGUCAUGGUUUACUGUGUGCGUAAUGCGAAGGGACGGAUGAAGUGGUUUUAAAAUGUGAUGAGAAUACCGAAGGACUGAUGGACGGAACAAGAGACAAACACCUGCUUUGUUGUUACUUGUGAGCGAGGAUUAAAUGUUAUAUUAUUAUUACGAUGAUAUCUUAAUGUAAAAAAACAACUUUCCCUUCUUACAGUAAAGUGAUUUCUUUGUAGUUGUUGUCGUGUUUUACGUCAUGCUCUCUCAUUUUGCUUGUUGAGUUUCUGUCUUUUUUUUUUGUAUUCGUUUAUUUAUGUUAAAAUAGGGAAGCAAAAUUCCACUUCGGGAAUCUUCCAUGCGCGAUUUCUGGGAAACCGAGGAGUUAUUGGAACGUUGUGAUCGUACGUUGAACCCAGAGGGACUAGUGCAAUGAUGAUUAUUGGGAUUCAGAAUUUAUAUGUUUCUGUAAAUUAUUUUCCUUUUUUUUUAAUCUUUCAAACGUUUCAAUACCCUCACUUUUUUUUCGGACUGGAUAUUUUUUGGUCUGGUCUUGCGUCAUCGUGCCACAAACACAUUCUGGCUUCAGUUCUAAACAAGGGUUUCAUCAACCCUGUCCCUUCAACGUUCUCACUGAACUAUACCUAGAAUUACUGUACUAGACUUUUUGAAAAAUGUCAUUUAUUGAUAGACAUUCUAGUGAUUACGUGUUUCUAUGUCUAUAUUUCAAACCUUUUUUGAUUGCAGUCAUUCAGUGUUUACUGAUAAAGACAUCUUCUUCACGACCACACCAGCGGUGCUUUGGUUGAAUCAGGGGCCAUUGGUAACUGUCCCUAAUAGUAGGUAGGGAGAGGAAGAGCUAGACCCAUUGAAUUAUCAUCAAAACCCAUUGUAAUUCUAUGGUUACAACUGACUGUCUUCUCCGGUCAUCAUUGCUCAAUGCUCAUUAUAUUCUGCAUGCUUUUCGGUUGUGACCAGAACGUUCUAGAACGUAUGUACGCGUUCUAGAAUAUGCUCUUGGGCGUUUUAGAAUGCUGCGUAGUUCUUGGGGGCGUUCUAGAAUGCUGUCUGCAUUCGGAGCUUGAUAGUCUCCUAUUGGUCCCCUCAUGGUGCUGUGCAGUCCUGUUAAAAAGCAUGAGCUACUGUACAGUACAGCCACUUCCUCUGAUGUCCUAAAUCAACUUCCUCCUGUCUCUUUGGUAGACCUAUGGACCUCUGUGCCAUCUCUACGUCCACUUACGGACCAGCUAUAGCUUCACUGUUUUUGUCAAUUUGAUUUAUUUUUCCUUUUUUAAUGAAACAUAGAGCUGAACUGUUUUUCAUUAGCUAGUCGACCUCUGUUUGUUCCUCAACUACGUUGGCAUGAAGUCCUAAAGUAGUUUGAUUUUAUUUUUGUUCUCUGCCAAAGACUUUGGAACAGGGAAGUGUGCAACGGUGUUGUUAGGCAUCAAUCAGUUUAACUUCAGCGGGAAUACAUAAAUACAGCGUUUAACAUCUGAUAACAAGUGGUACAGUCAAACAAAGUGGUAGAAACAGUGUUUUUACAAAAUGUUCAAAAGAAGAUAGUCACAGAACAAUUAUUAUUUUCAUCAAUUGAGUGCGGCAGCAGGUGAUGUUCUGCAAUAACCAUCUGAAAGUAUUUUGAAUUCAAAGUUAAAUGAUGGGAGUGAUAAAUUGGAUAUAUUUGACCAGGGCCUGUGACUAAAUAGGGUGGUAACCUAGCCCAGCUGAUGUCAUGGGUUUUGUUUCUUAGUGUUUUAACAUUGGGGUUAAAGGAUGCUUCUAAACAAACAAACUUGCUGUAAAUAAAAACGCUUUUUUUAUUUUGUUUAAUUUUAACUCUUGACUCCAACUGCCUGCUCUGACUUCCGCAUUCCACUACGGAACCCUGCCUGUUCCGUUCCAUCUGUUCUGAUUCUGUUCUCUUCUUCCAAACAUCUUUCUGGUCAAUCUUUUGGAAUAUUGUGACAUAGCUGUCUCUCUGUACUACUUGGGGGAAACAAACAUCCUUGUAUUAAUAUCUCUACAUUUGGAUAUCUUUGGAAUAACUUUCUUUGUUCCUUGGUUUUAGAAAACACUGAGAUGGUGAUUUAAAAAAAAAAAUGCAUAAAGAGAAUAAAACCAAGAAACUCUUGAACUCCUAACCUUG